CCGGGUGGAUGUCUACCCUUGUCAGCACGCUCCUGUACCCUGUGCACCUCGCCGUCCUCACCUCGCUCCACGCCGUCCUCGCAAGCGCUCGCCUCGGGCGCCUCAUCUUGCGCCUCGUCCAACUCGUCCCCUCGCCCUCACCGCGCCGCCGGGUCAAGCCUGCGCCUGCGAGCGACCUCGAGGCAGCUCGGUGGAGGAAACUGCCGCGCCACCUCGCUGUCGCGCUCGUGCCCGGGCGAGGAGGGUGGGACGGCCAAGACGCGCUCCGGAUCAAGGUGGACGGCGUCGAGAGGCUCCUCGGAUGGUGCACAGAGCUCGGGGUGCGCACGUUGAGCGUGUACGACGAGACUGGCCUUCUCGUCCGGCAUGCGGCUCGUGUCGCUCAGGAGCUCGAGCUCGCUGUUGUGGGCACGCAGGAGGACAUCGAGAUGGAGGGCAUGGCGACGCUCGGCGCGCAGAUAGCGAGCAAGGAUGUCGAGCCGGGCGCGCCUGAUCCUGGAGGUGCGCCGCCGCACGCUGCGGCCGUGGUCGUGCUGCCCGACCUCGCACAAGACGACGCCUCCUCCUUCACCCUCGUCGACACCGCCUCCCCACCCCGCCCUUCUUCUCCCAUCCCCUCUGCGGCGCCUUCGACCCCGACCCUGCACCUCCUCUCGCGCGCCGCUGGACGGCCGAGACUUGCGAGGCUCGCGGCGCGACUCGCGGCGUCGGGCACUGGUGGGACCGGCGGCGAGGGCAAGAAGGGCGAGCUCACGGCCGAGGAGGUUGCUGGGGCGAUAGACGCCCUGCCGCUCGGCGAGCCCGACCUCCUCCUCGUCCUCGGCGGGUCGUACCUGCGCCUCCUCGGGUUCCCGCCGUGGCAGCUGCGCCUCACAGAGCUACACCACCACUCGCACCCGACCUGGCUCCCCGCCGUCGAGGUCCAGUACGCGCACCUGCGCGCCGCGCUCGACACGUACGGCCGCGCCGAGAUGCGCCUCGGGCGGUGA